GCUCACUCGAUCCGAGACGGUUUCGCCAUUCGCGUGCACGGUAUUGCCGAAUGCCGUAGUGCUUUCCGUACACCCUAGCGACUCGUACCGCGUGGGUAACAGCGAUCGUGACGGCAUUGGGUUUUUUCAAUAGAAUUGUUAAUGCAUGUGAUCUGUGGAUAGUUUUGUUUUCGCCGUUUCUGCUGUGUUAUUUUGAAUUAAUGCUGUGAACUGUAUUUGUAAACAAAAUACUGACAAACGGUAUGUCCGUACGGUGGUGGUAAGUGCGUAAGUGUUAUUUUCGCAAGAAAAAAAAACCACUAACCGGUUGAUCGAAGGUGACAAAGAUGUGAAAGUGGCUUCGUGUAGGAAAUAAAAAAAAUCAACACAUUUAUGUGAAAUUAGCAUUUCGCGAGUGAGUGCAAGAAAACCGUUCACACAGUGUUAGUGCAGGCGUAUUUAUUUGUCUGUAAGUGUGGCGACAGUGUUACACAGUGCGUAAUCUCAUCCCAGCAUCGUUUCGCAUAAUGUUCCGAUCGUUUUUAAAUCACAAAGCUCCAAAUUAACAGGUGAAGCAACGAAACGAAAGCCUUCCCGCAAAACGUGUGACGUGUGCGAAAAGAAGUCGCACUUCACGCUGUGUUAGUGACAGAAAACUGGUUUUCGUGUUUGGAGAUUGAAUAUUUUAUCACUCCCCCUCCGAACGAAGGGUUCGGAUCGUUCAGGUUUUUUUUUAACUCGUUUGCUGCAAUCUUUCCACGCCGGCGACGUUCGUGCACACACGCAGAUCGUUGGUGGUGGCCAACUGCCCAAAUAAGGCGAAGCACAAUACAACGAACCACAAAAGGAUAAAGUCAUCUUGCUGUGCUUGUUGGUCCGCACCUUCAAGUUCACUCCACACCUAACAGGCAACACACAGGCCUCCAUUCAUACAUCGCGUUAUGUGUGGAAUCUGAAGCCGUUCCUGAAGCCGCAUUAAUCGUGAGAUACAUUAGAAACCGGGACAGGCAGAGGGCACAAAGGAAGUAUACACACUACUGAUUGAUCAUCCUGAACGACGACGCAACAAAAAACCGGGGAAACUUGUCACGAAUUCAAAUCGGAAAUUCCCGCCAGCACUCGCCACGAUCGUGUUUGUUGCUGUUGUUGUUGCUGUUGGUGGAAAGAAGCACCGAACCGGACCAACAAAACCGAAACAGAACUGACUCCAAAUUCCGAUGACGACAGCGAGAGUGUGACCCCCCGUGCGAGUUGGUUGCGAACUUCUAUCGUCCCCCUAUCCUCUCAACUCCCGAAAAAAAGAGGCACCCGAUAAUGACGGCAGGGUUGCCGCGGACGAUGACGAUGAUGAUGAUGGAGCGUUACGAUGAUGGUAAUGAAGCUGCAGAUCACGCUGACCAUAAUGAUGCUGCCCGACAUGAAUAGGAAGAUCGUGUAGCACAUAAUUUCCUGGGAUCGUGCUGUUUCUGCAACAACCAAAAAAAAAACAAGAACCCGCCAAGUGUGUUUCAACACGAUCGUACGUGUGUGUGUGCGUGCGUGUGGUUUUAUUUAAGUUAUUUUCACGUUUUUAAUCACCAGUUUACUGGAUGAUUUGGUUGUUUUUGCUAGAGUGAUGCGAUGCAAAGGUGAACCAAAGGGAGAAAAAAAAGAACAGCAGAUUCAAUUUACAAAGCAAAACGGUGAUCACUAAUCUACACACAAACAAAACCCCAACAAAAGUGAGUGAGUGGCAUUAGCAACCAAAAAACCAAAAAAGUGAUCCAAACGGUUUACGGUACGGAUUAUUGGGUCAAAUUUUUGUGCGGGGUUCGUCGUCUGUUUUGGGCCAGCACUCUUGCUGUUUGACGCACGUGUGUAUUGCAACAUUCAAGUGCCCUGAAGAUCCUCAAACGGCAGCGGGUAAAGUAAGAAGUGGCGUUUUAGUUAUAAGGCUAUAAUCUAUCUAGCUUACCAAACGAUACCACGGCGUACGUCUAGAGUCAGGUCAAAAUGUUGAAGAACAUUCACGAACGCACCGUGAAGAAGGUAAAGGGUAACCACUAUGUGGCAACGCAUGGCCGUGAUACGGUGGAUCUACCGUACGCCCAGGCAAACCGAGGAUACUCCACCGACGGUGAAGAUAGCCAGCGGGCACCAUCGGAACGCACCCUGUCGGAGUACACGGUAGCGAAUGAGCGGGCAACACCACCGACAGCACCGGCCAGAAAGUCACGGUCGGAACACAAGUACCAGAACAACAACAACGGAGGUCCCCGACCCCUUUCUAGUCCACCGACGCGCGCCCCACCGAGGGCACCGUCGGCGCUCAGCUACGAUCAUGGCGGUGAAACUGGCAGCGAUAUCUACGUCACUUCCGCGGCCUAUAAGGCACCGUCGGAAAUAAGCCGUUACAGUGCCCACCGAACGCAUCAAUCCCGCGGACCACGAAGCGUGUACAGUGUUGCCAGCACGGCGAAAACUGGUCGCAGCUCGCGGCGACACGGUGCCAAGGUGGAGGCCAUGUCCGCACCGAACCCAUUCUGCCCGAACGUGAAGGGUGUCUGCUGUUUGAUGUUGCUGCUAAACCUUGGCCUGAUACUCAUCACGCUUGGAUUCGUCAUUGUAAUGCAGUUCAUGGAGCCAUUAUUUGUUUGGAUCUUGGGUGUGGUAUUCUUGAUCUUCGGCUUCGGAACACUGAUCGGCAGCAUGAUCUACUGUGUGAUCGUCUGUAGAGAUGCUAAAACACCGUCCCAGCUGAAGAAUGAAGACCUGUACUGGACGAAACACUGGCAGAAGAGCAUCGGCUAUACGCCGCAGGAGAUUGACUACAAAACGGAUCGAUUCGAUGAACGUGACCGAUACUCGGAUCGGUUUUCCGUUAGCAAAAUGAGUGGCAAAUACUCCGAUCGUGACAUUACCCGGUACUAAAGCGUGAAAGGGCGGGGUUUUUUUAACAUAGUCCAGCGAAUAGAUGAGCGAGCGAUUCUUCAAUCUGUAAUCGUGAGAGGAUUUUUAAUGCAAGAAAGGAGUUACUAUUUACAGCAAAUAUUUCACAGAACAAAAAAGGAACUAACGUAUGGCGGAUCAUCUUACAAGAUACAUUA